AUGGCGGGCAGAGAGCUCCAUGAUAACACACAAUCUACAUGUACCACAUCUAUCCAACCCUCUAAACUGAAUCCCACAAACUUUACUGGAUCUCCUAACAAACCAAAGCAAGAAGGAUUCAGGAAGGUCUGUUCCACUGGAGAACCAAUCCCAUGUCCAAUCCCAGGACUGGCGUCUGAUGUGCUGGAAAUGCGUGUGAAGGAAGGAAGCAAGAUCAGGAACCUUUUGGGUUUUGCCAUGUCUCGGUUUCAAGGCGACGGGCACGCGGCUCCAACGUCGCAGGUUCUGUUCAGUGGGACGGGACGGGCCGUGACCAAAACCAUCACCUGUGCGGAGAUUAUGAAACGGAAAGUGCAGGGCUUGCACCAGGUGUCAAAGCUCCAGUACAGGACAGUGACUGAGGUGUGGGAGAGCCAGGAGAGCGGCCCGGUUCAGAUGACCAUACACAGAACGCUUCCUUCCAUUUGUAUUCUUCUGUCCAAAGAACCGCUGGACCAGCAGGAGCCGGGAUAUCAGCCUCCAGUCGAGACUCUCCCGGAGGAAAGCAAAUGGGCAGAUGGACCGCAUGGGAAUGGAAAGCCAGAAAAAAGACCACCGAGUCCUUGUUCUCAUGAUCUUCCCAGUCUUAAAAGAGCUGCUCUGGAACAGGACAAAAUGGCAGCUUUGGAACCAGUUAAAAAAUGUUAAUAUAAAAGUAUAUUUUGUGUAUAACUUGCUAUAUGCUUAUAACUGUCAUACAGCUUGG